UAAAAUGCAAUUUUACUCAUCAGCCUCGCCAUCCCAAAAAUUUUCCAGACUGAAUGACUUUUCCAAAUAUAAUAAGACCAUUUAUGAUGUGAUACUACACUUGAGUGGAAAACUGCCACCUGGAAUUCAUUCAAGUCAGUCUUUACCUGUGGAUUAUACUGAAAGGGUGAUUCAACUUCAUUUUCAACAUUCUUCACUUCUUGACUUUCUCAACGCUCAAGGAGCAUGUAUUUCUCAUGUGCUGCCAGAAUUUCUGCUUGAACCAGAAGAUUAUAAAAAGUGGCUUGAAAUUACAGAAAAACCUUCUAUUGUUAUAGAGAUGACUCGGUUUGAAGCCUGGAGUAAAGGGGCAUGGACAGAUGUAUUCCUUCAGAUAUACAAGGUUCUGGUACUAUCCCGGGUUGUACCACACUGCAGCAGUAAUCUGCCCCCCAUUCAUGUGCAAAAUUCACCAAAGGUCAAUCCUUGUUUUGUAUCCAGCAACAUAUAUUCGAGUUCUGAAAGGAUUCUGCUUAAUUGGAUGAACACAAAUUAUGAGAAUGCCCGACAUAUUAUAUGGAAGAACUGUCCCAAUGGUGAGCAAUUUUUUUCUUUAAAUAAAUUAUUACUAAUUGUAGUAUAA